AGUCAUAGCGAGGCGUUUUCAUAGUGCUAGAUUAGGAAAGGCGUGUGCAAAAGCUUGUGAUAUAGGUUGUGCUAAUAGUGGCUUCCUAUUGAGCUAUGCAGGUCGAGAAUUGCAUCUCGCCAGCGAGUGAAUUCUCCAAGAAAUUUAUGAAUGUGGGCAGUGGCUUUCCGAGCUCCGAUGGAUCAGAGCUUCCGUUGCAGGACCAUCCUAUUAUAUGUGCAAGUGACAACCUGGAGAGAAGUUCACCUCUGAAAAAAAACUCUAGGGAGAUGACGAAUCAGUCAGAGGCAGACAAUUUUCCCGACUCAAAGGACGCAUCAGGGGACGUCCAGAGGGGCAAACUCUCUCCUGAUCUUCACGGAGUCUCUGACAUCCGUCAUAAUUUCGAUGGAUCUGCAGGAGAAAGGUGCAUCUUUUCUCCAUCUACCCAGCCGCAGUCAGUCUCAGCAGCUCCCAGUGCCAUGUUCCCUUACCCGAGCCAGCAUGGACCAGCGCACCCGGCUUUCUCUAUUGGAAGUCCCAGCCGUUAUAUGGCUCAUCACCCGGUCAUAACUAAUGGAGCUUAUAACAGCCUUCUGACCAAUACUUCUCCUCAAGGCUACCCGGCUGCGGGCUAUCCUUACGCGCAACAGUAUGGACACACUUACCAAGGAGGGGCUUUUUACCAGUUCUCCUCGGCGCAAGCAGGACUGGUUCCAGGGAAAGCGCAGGUGUAUCUGUGCAACAGGGCCCUGUGGCUGAAGUUUCACAGACACCAAACAGAGAUGAUCAUCACAAAGCAAGGACGACGAAUGUUCCCAUUUUUAAGCUUUAACAUUUCUGGCCUUGACCCAACUGCACACUACAAUAUAUUUGUGGAUGUAAUACUCGCUGAUCCAAAUCACUGGCGAUUUCAAGGAGGCAAGUGGGUGCCAUGUGGGAAAGCAGACACGAAUGUAAUAGGAAACAGGGUUUAUAUGCACCCGGACUCACCAAAUACCGGUGCGCACUGGAUGCGUCAAGAAAUAUCAUUUGGAAAGCUAAAGCUUACAAACAACAAAGGUGCCUCCAACAACACGGGGCAGAUGGUGGUUCUUCAGUCUCUCCACAAGUACCAGCCCCGGCUCCAUGUGGUGGAAGUGAACGAGGACGGGACAGAAGACACCAGCCAACCAGGAAGAGUCCAGACUUUCACCUUCACAGAAACGCAAUUCAUCGCUGUCACAGCUUACCAGAAUACCGAUAUUACGCAACUGAAAAUUGAUCACAAUCCGUUUGCUAAAGGAUUUCGGGACAACUAUGACACUGUCUACACAGGCUGCGACAUCGACCGCCUAACUCCAUCACCGGGUGACUCUCCGCGUUCACAGAUCGUGCCGGGUGCGAGAUAUGCCAUGCCUAGCUCUUUCCUGCAGGACCAAUUUGUCAGCACUUAUGCCAAAUCUCGCUUUCACCCUGGCAUGGGGACUGGUCCUGGCACGGAGCGCAGCGUCCCACUCGGCAACAGCUUGCUAUCCCCGCAGCAAAGCGAGGAGCCCACUGUUGCCACCCCCCCGCAGCGAUGGUUUGUCACCCCUGCCAACAACCGACUGGACUUUGCUGCCUCGGCAUACGACGCUGCUGAUUUCGCCGGUAACGCGGCCACCUUGCUGUCCUACGCAGCCGCCGGAGUGAAGGCUCUUCCCCUGCCGACUGCAGGCUGCUCCAACCGGCCUCUUGGCUAUUACGCAGACCCGUCAGGCUGGGGAGGACGCACGCCGCCGCAGUACUGUGGCGUAAAUAGCAAAUCCAGCUCGGUCUUUUCCUGCUGGCCCGCUAACUCUAUCGGCGGUAGAGCGGGCACUAACUACCUGGCUGAGGAGGGAGAUUCCAUCCCGACAGAGAGGUCACCGAUCGGCGGCUCGGAGGAGACCAAACCCAAAGACAUAACGUCAGAGUCGAGCUGGAUAGAGACGCCGUCCUCCAUAAAGUCAAUUGAUUCGAGCGAUUCUGGUAUCUUUGAACAGGCCAAAAGGAGAAGGAUCUCACCUUCUGCCACGCCGGUUUCAGAGACAGUGUCCCCAUUAAAAUCUGAGCUGCUGGCACAGAGAGAUUUUUGCUUCACCUGCCGGGAUUACACAGCGGAGGUCUCUGCUCCAUCUCUCCGAUACGGUGCACUGCUGGGAGAAGACGAUGGACGCUACGGACCAAGGCACUCCGAUAGAGCCGCUGCUGCCAACGAGGAAACAGAGGGAAAGCUCAUGCAUUCUGAAAACUUGGAUGCUCCUUGGCUCUUCAAAUAUCAGAGGAAUGAUGACGAGGCUGUGUUGGACAGAGGAAGAACAAGAUCCCAACAGGGAACCAGCUUUGGGCAGGAAGAUCUUGAAGGCCACAGGACUCUCUACAUCGGGGUCCAUGUCCCCUUGGGCAGUACCAGACACCGCAGCCAUCGCCGGCACCAUCACCAUGGAAACAAACACAGGAAGAGGAGCAGGGACCCGGCCCUCACCUUGGUGGAGGGUAGAGAGUCCCCUUCUUAUGACACUCCCUCCCAGAGAGUGCAGUUCCUGCUCGGCACUGGGGAUGAUGAUGAGGAGCAUAUUCCUCACGACCUCUUUACAGAGAUGGAUGAAAUCUGUGUGAGGGACGGAGAGGACUCUGAGUGGAGGGAAAGUGCCAGGUGGCUGAAGUUUGAGGAGGAUGUAGAGGACGGAGGAGAGCGAUGGAGUAAACCCUACGUAGCCACUCUGUCCCUACACAGCCUGUUUGAGCUGCGAAGUUGCAUUAUCAACAGCACUGUGCUGCUCGACAUGAGGGCUAAUACUAUUGAAGAGAUUGCAGACAUGGUCCUGGACCACCAGGAGCUAUACUCACCACUGGGAGACGAGCUCAGAAAGAAAGUGCGUGAAACACUCCUGAAGCAGCACCAUCACCAGAACCAGAAGAAGCUGGCAAAUCGCCUACCGAUUGUACGCUCCAUUGCUGACAUGGGUCGACGGACAUCAGAGCUCCACCUGGAGAAGAAUGGUCAGAUGACAUCCUCCCAGUCCCAGUUAGCGGGUUCAGAUGGGAAAGGGGAUGUCAGUAGAGAGAACAGUUCUGUGGACUUCAGCAAGAUAGAUCUUCACUUCAUGAAAAAGAUCCCAGUUGGGGCCGAGGCGUGUAACGUGUUAGUGGGAGAGUUGGAAUUUCUGAACAAGCCGGUGGUGGCGUUUGUCCGCCUUUCACCGGCGGUCCUGCUCAGUGGGCUGGCUGAAGUUCCGAUCGCCACAAGGUUUCUGUUCAUUCUUUUAGGGCCUUUGGGUAGAGCGCCUCAGUAUCAUGAGAUUGGAAGGUCCAUUGCAACACUUAUGACAGAUGAGGUUUUCCAUGAUGUUGCCUAUAAAGCUAAAGACCGCAACGAUCUGAUCGCUGGGAUUGAUGAAUUCCUCGAUCAAGUGACAGUCCUGCCUCCAGGAGAGUGGGACCCGUCCAUACGGAUAGAGCCGCCAAAAAAUGUACCUUCUCAGGAGAAGAGGAAGAAAUGUAACGGAUUAGUAGAGGGUGAUGAGGAAGAGGCGGAAGGUGGCCACGGGGGUCCAGAACUGCAGCGUACUGGAAGAUGGUUUGGUGGUCUCUUUUUGGACAUCAAGCGCAAGGCACCCCACUACCUGUCCGACUACACUGAUGCUUUUAGUUUACAGUGUGUGGCCUCUUUCCUCUUCCUCUACUGUGCCUGCAUGUCCCCUGUCAUCACCUUUGGAGGACUACUGGGCGAGGCAACAGAAGGACGCAUAAGUGCAAUUGAGUCGCUGUUCGGAGCCUCACUGACUGGAAUAGCCUAUUCCCUGUUUGCCGGGCAGCCCCUUACCAUUUUGGGCAGCACAGGGCCAGUGCUUGUAUUUGAAAAGAUAUUGUUCAAAUUCUGCAAGGAGUAUGGCUUGUCCUAUCUGUCACUGAGAACCUGUAUUGGUCUUUGGACAGCUUUCCUCUGUAUCAUGCUGGUGGCUACAGAUGCCAGUUCCCUUGUUUGUUACAUAACGCGUUUUACAGAGGAAGCCUUUGCCUCACUCAUCUGCAUCAUCUUCAUCUACGAGGCCUUGGAAAAACUUGUCCACCUUGGAGACCACUAUCCCUUUAAUAAGAACAUGAACCUGGACAAACUCACCAUGUACUCAUGUUCAUGUGUUGAACCUUCUGACCCUACCAAUGGAACCCUGAAAUACUGGGAGAUCAACAACAUCACUGUCUCAGAAAUUUACUGGGAGGCACUGGAGGCCAAGGACUGUAUAGAAAAGCGCGGGGAGUUUGUGGGCAGCGCAUGUGGCCCUCAUGGCCCGUAUGUCCCUGAUGUCCUCUUCUGGUGUGUCAUUCUCUUCUUUUCCACCGUCUUCAUGUCCGCCUUCCUCAAGGAGUUCAAGUUCAGCAAUUACUUUCCCACAAAGGUGAGGUCCAUCAUCAGUGACUUUGCUGUUUUCUUCACCAUCCUUACCAUGGUCUUAGUUGACUAUGGCUUAGGGAUCCCCUCUCCAAAACUAAAGGUUCCCAGUGUGUUUAAGCCAACCAGAGAUGACCGAGGCUGGUUCAUCAACCCGCUGGGGCCCAACCCCUGGUGGACUGCAGUCAUUACAGUAGUCCCAGCUCUGCUUUGUACCAUCCUCAUCUUCAUGGACCAGCAGAUUACAGCUGUCAUCAUCAACAGGAAGGAACACAAACUCAAGAAAGGCUGUGGGUACCACCUGGAUCUGUUCAUGGUGGGGGUGAUGCUUGGUGUGUGCUCUUUGAUGGGCUUGCCCUGGUUCGUGGCAGCCACCGUCCUCUCCAUUAGCCACGUCAACAGCCUGAAACUUGAGUCGGAGUGUUCAGCUCCUGGGGAGCAGCCCAAGUUCCUUGGCAUCAGAGAGCAACGCUUUACCGGCCUCAUGAUCUUCACCCUCAUGGGCUGCUCUGUCUUCAUGACAUCUGUGCUGAAGUUCAUUCCUAUGCCUGUGUUAUAUGGAGUAUUCCUUUACAUGGGAGCAUCUUCUCUCAGAGGCAUUCAGUUCUUUGACCGUCUUAAACUGUUCGGCAUGCCACCUAAGCACCAGCCAGACUUCAUCUAUCUACGACAUGUACCUCUGAGGAAAGUGCACCUCUUCACCAUCAUCCAGCUCACCUGUUUGGUCCUGCUCUGGGUCAUCAAGACCUCCAGGGCUGCCAUUGUCUUUCCCAUGAUGGUUUUGGCUCUGGUGUUUAUCAGGAAGCUAAUGGACUGUUUCUUUACCAAGAGAGAGUUGAGCUGGCUGGACGACCUCAUGCCAGAGAGCAAGAAGAAGAAGCUUGAGGAUGCCGAAGAGGAGGAGGAGCAGAGUAUACUGGCAGAAGAUGAGCGAGUAGUGCAAGUGCCAUUAGAAGGGUACAAGGGAAUACCCAUCAUCAAUAUCACAGAUGAAAUGUCAAAAGGUUCUUUUGGAAAUACUUGGAACGCCAACAGCUAAGAUAUUUGAGAAAAAAUCAAGACCUCAAAACAUUAUGGUCACUACAACACUCAUUCACAACAGUGGUGUGCAUGAUGACAAAUGUAAGAUGUAGAAGUCGGAGGACAGCGCUGUGAGUCUUUGUCACUGUCCCUUCUGAGUGUUUGUAAAUUAAUUUGUAUCGUAUGCUGCAGUUUAAUGAUUCAAAGUUCAGCCCUGUAACUCUCUUUGUGUAAGUGAAUAACUGUAUCUGAUGUGUCACAAAUAUUCUGCCUCUUCAUGAACCAGUGAAACCUACUAUUUUCUUGUGUUGUUAAUGUCAUAUUGUACUUUCUAAAUCUGGAUUGCUAUACUGAAUGUAAAGUAAAAGGUUGGUCUUGAUAAGAGACAA